UUUGUUUAAGAAUCACGAAGUAACGAAGGGGUACUGAGGGGGAAAGUAAAAAAAUUUCGUUUUUGGCUACGAAAAUAAGAAGAGUUUUGCUUUUAACAAAAGAAAAUAUUUGUCUCAGGAUUGAUAUUGUGUCUAUAAACUUAUUGAGCUUUGGAUAUCCUUGAUAUCUCAUAUAUUUCCCCAAAAAUAAUUUUAAUACAGAAAAUUAAAAAAUUUUUUUAAUACGGAUAAUUAUUUUUAUAUUUCCCCCCAAAAAUUUUUAAUGAAAAAAUUUUUUUAAAUACAAUUGAACGUUCAUUUUUAGAUGAUUGAGAGAGGGGAAGGAGGGGACUUAAUUUUGGGGAAAGGUUGUGUUAAUGGUCUCCCUAAAACAACAGAUGGGUGUAGUUAUUCUGGACAGACCGAGUCUAUACAUUGUUAUUGUCAAGGAGAAUUAUGCAAUGAAAGAAUAAAGUUAAAUAAUUAUUUGCCUGCAAAAUUACCUUUAAUUGAAUGUUGUGAAUGUGGAGGGGGAGAACAACAAGAUCAAUGUCCAAAUACAGAUAAUACUUUACUUUCUUCUGAAGUUAAAUCAUCCUCUGGUGCGUGUUCACGUGUUUGUAGAGGAAAUUAUUGUCUUGUAGAUUUUGGAGGAAAUGAACAAGGAUGUGGACAGGGGGUUCCACGGCUGCAAAAUUUUCUCAGAAUAUCUGAUUAUUUAAAUAAAUUACAAGGACAAUUAGUUUGUGCUUACUAUCAGGCAUCAACUGAGACAAUUGUUAAUGGUUGUGUAUGUACAGAACCCAGUGGGAACUGUAAUCAAAGAAACCGAACAUGGAAUCAUCAAAUGGAAAAAGUUUUGGGUCGUCGAACGGAUGAUUUAAAUUAUUGUUAUAGUUUACAUGGACGUAGUGAUGAUGAACCAAUAAAUGAAAAUAUUUAUAAAAAGUCAGAAACUUGUGAAGGCCAUUUUUGUUUUGUUAGUUUAUCUACUAGAGAAAUGGCUGUAGAACCUGAAAUUUUAAAUGAUGAAAGUUCUUCUACUACAAGUAUUAGCACAAAUUCUUUUGUUGGUGUGUCUAAGCAACGAUUUGAAUUGUUGGGAGGGUGUUUAAAAGUUGAUGAUGAUAAUAAAGUUGGUAUUGGAUGUACCAUUGAAUACCUAAAUAAUUCUUCUACACCUUUGUCUGUUCAUUGUAUUUGUAAUUCACAUUUAUGUAAUUAUUUCGAAAUUUUGGAUAAAGCAACAAAUGGAAAAUUAAAAAUUCAAAAAAUUCAAUCCUCUUCAGACACAAAUUUAAAAGACUCCUCAUUUAAUGAUUUACAAUUAGAAAUUAAUUCAAAUAAAAAAAGAAAUAUUUUUAAUUUAAUUUUAAUAUUAAAAUUUUUAAUUAUUUUUUAUAUAUUUUCAGAUAUUUUAUUUUAA